CAUGAAAUCAUUCUGUGGCUCUUCUUUUUGAGCAGUUCACAGUCAGUCAACUUAUUGAGAGUACUUUUAGAAAUUACAUGAAAUUUUGGAUGGAGGAACCUUGAAACCAUGAUAAUUUUAAUAUUAUUUAGCCACUAAAAACCUCUUGUGGACGAUGUGUGUUCUGUAAUGUAGCAGGGGUGUCUGCCAGCAGAGUUCAAACAGACACAGUGUGUCAGUGUAUACACUUUUAAAACUUUUAUUAAGUUGCUCUAUUUGCCCUUAAAGCACAUUUCUCAUUUGUCUGCUUGACUUGAUUUUUGUUUUCCCUUCUCCCCGACUUUAUUUCUUUAGUCCUUAAGCUCUGUGUUAGCCUCCUCCAGAAAAGAAAUCGAACAAAUGUCAGACAAGAUGAGGGCUUUGAGAUCAGAAAAAGAGACUUUGGCACAGGAGGGGAAUACUUUAAAAUUAGAGAGAGGUCCCUUGUUAUCAAAACUUAAAGAACUGGAGUCAAAGAUUUCGUUAAUGCAACAAGACCAAGAAGAGCUGAAGGCAGAAAAUAAAAGAAUCCUAAAGCAGAAGGAAGAAGCUGAGGCCAAAAGCCAGCAGGAGAGCACAGAAAAGGCAGCUCUGGCUGCUGAGAAAAGCAAAUUACUGUCUGAACUCGGGGCAGUGCAGGCAAAGCUGCUGGAGGCAGCUCAGGAAAAUGAAGCUCUGCAGUCCCUGGAGUUAACCUUGUUCCAGAAGCUGGAGGAGCUCCAGGCCAGCAGAGAUGCCAUGGAUGUGGCGUGUCAGAAACACGUCAGAGAAUGGGAAGAGCUGGAGAGUUAUCAGAAGAGACUUUUGGGAGAGAAAGAUGCAGCUCUGAAAGACAAAGAUGAAGUUAUCCAGAAGCUGGGAAGUUCUUGUGAGGCCCUGGCCAGAGAGCAGAGGGAGCUGCAGCAGCAAGUGUCAGCUCUGGCUGCAGAGAGAGUGUCAGCCCUGGGCGAGCUCCUGGCGCUGCAGGACAGGCACAAAGCCCUGGAGGAGGAGCUGGGCAGGCUCUUGUCAGGCCUGCAGGAGGAGAAGGACGUGCUCCUCAAAGGCACAGAAAAGCUGCAAGGGAGUUUAGAGCAGGCAGUCAGUGAGAACCAAGUGUUAAAAGUGAGAGAGGAGGAGAUGCAAAGCCAGCUCAGCAAAGCCAAGAAGGACACCCAGGAGCUGCAGAGUUCCCUUGAGAGCCUCACCCGUGUCCUUGAGGAAAUGAAAGCCUCAAGAGACACACUCAGUUUGGAGUGCAGUCACUUACGUCAGGAGAAAGAGGCUCUUUCCUCAUCAGAACAGAGGCUUUUGGCUGAAAGGGAGCAACUUCUCAAUGAAAAUAAGGCAACUGCUGAGAAACUUGUGAAGGCCUCAGCAUAUGCUGAGCUUUGUGAGAGAGUCUGCGCUGAGAAAAUGAACAAGCUGACCUUGGAGAAGGAAUCUGUCCUUCAGAAGUUGUUGCAGUUUGAGGAGCACAACGAGGCUCUUCUCCAAGAGAGGAAGGAACUGGAGAGAAAACACUUGGAGCUUCUUGGUGAAAACGAGUCCUGUGCAAAGGCAGUUUCUGAUCUGAAGAAAGAACACGAGCUGGAUCUCCUGGCCAGGAAUGCUCUGGCUGAAGAGAAUGCCACACUCCAAAAUUCCAUUGAAGCCCUGAAGGGAGAGCUCAGUAAGAAGACUGUAGAAAAUCAGGAGUUAAUGGCCUGUAAAUGUGACCUUUCCAGUCUUCUGCAGAAGGCCCAGGAUGCCAAAAGAGCAUUAGAAGGUGAGCUGGCAGCUGCAGCACACACCAAGCAGGUCCUGUCCUCUUCCUUGGACACCUGCUCCUUUGCCAGGGAAAUGCUGACCAGGGAGAGGGAUGAGCUGCAGGAGGAGUGUCAGAAAUUAAACAAAGAGGUUGCUCUUGUGAAAGAAUCCUUAACCUUGGAAAAGGAAGCUCGAAAACUGGACGAGAAAUCAUUUCUGUUGGGACGUACAGAACUUCAGCGGAACAUCUGCUCCUUGGAGAAGGAGCUGGAAGAGCUGAGAGAGAAAAACAAAGUUCUGGCUGAGAAAACCCUUUCCAUUGAGGAGAAAGAAAAGUGUGAAAUGAAACUGGUGGAGAUAAUGAGAGAGGAACAAGUGAUCUGUGCAGAGAAGGAGCACGUCACUGCCAACAUGAGGCGGCUGAAGAGCAACUUUGCCUCCGUGUCCAGAACGGCGGCCGAGUUCCGGGGCGUGCACAGCGGCAUCGCCAGGAAGAUGGACGUGCUGGAGCAGCAGAUGGAGCUGAUGGAGAAGGAGGGCACUGAGUACCUUCAGGACCUGGAGAUCCUGAGGAAGGAGCAGAAAAAUCUGCUCCUCAGUCAGGAGGGACUAGUGAAGGAGAAGGGGAUGUUAUUCCAGGAUUAUUACAGACUCCAUGAGGAGGUUAAGCUUUUAGAACAGACUAACAGUGACCUCUCGGGCAAAUUGUUGGAGUCUCAGGGCCAAAAUCAGAUGCUGCAGGAGCAAAUGAAAAAUCUGAUUUUGAAAGUAAAAGAAAUUGAGACUCUCCAGGCCCAAGCAGUAGUACAGAAACCAGAGGUAUUGAAAUUCAUAGUUAAAAGUCAAGUCUGGGGCUGGUUCUACUAAUCCUGAGCACUAACCCUGGUGUCCUGUCUGCACCUCCCUGCACACUCAGCCCUUCAUAACACACUGCACUGUGGGCUCUCAGUGUGGGACCUGGGGGGUGUUUGCAACUGUGAGUCUAAAAGACACUUUUUUUCUUUUUUUUUUUAAUAUUUUUAACUACAAAAGCCUCUAUUGUUGCUGAAUGUUGCAAGAAAACAACAUAAACUGUGAAUAAAAGGAAGUUGUGUUCCCUGAAUCUGUGAGGAGAUGUGGAGCAGCUCCUUCUGCUGAAGGACUCUGCUACAUAAAAUUUAAAGUAGUGAUAGAUAAUGUUUUCAAGUGGAUCUUUGUGUAAUUUUAUGUGCAAUUACAGCAAACUACCAACCUGAGUUACUCCAAAAAUAUGAAAGAAUGUUCUGCUUCUGUAAAUUGGAUAAAAGCAGUGUGAGAGGAAUUGAAAAUAUUGACGAUUCUGGAGUUCUUUUUAUUCACAGAAGUGUUUUGUAUUCACCACCAACAAAUUCUUUAUAAAACACUUUGAUUUUCAGUUUGUGUGGCUUGAAGCCCAGAAAAUCACAUGGAAUGCAAAUUGGGAUCAGGAGAUCCUAUAGAUUACAGCUGCCUAAGUAUUUCGAUACCAUUGUGAAAUAUUUCCUUUUUGAGGCCAUAAUGAACAACACUGAAAUAAUGCAAUAAUUGGCUUUAAUUCCGUUAUUUUCCAAAUAUUUGAGGUUUUGCAAUUCCUUAUUUCUGAAAAUACACCAGACUGUUGGAAGUGAAUAUCUGUUGAAUUAUUACUGCCUAAAGAGGUGAGAGAUCUGAGAGCAAUCACAGUGGUGGUGAUGAGAAAUCCAGGAAUUCAAAUUCCUCAGAUGUGACAUGAG